GGAGAGUCGAACUUCAAUUCACUCGGUUUCUUCUUCUUUGCACAUUGCGAUCUCAUUCCCCACCAAAGCAGAGAGAGUUUGCCGCCCAUAUACUUCUGCUGAUCUGCUCUGCGAGAGAGAGAGAGAGAGAGAGAUUUGAGCGAAAGGAAAGAAGGGGAAAAGGGGGAAAUGGCGUUAAGAACUGGGGUUUUGAAGGCGGUUCUGGGAUUGAUGGCAGUUUGCCUGGCAGCAUACAUAGUGGGACCGCCUUUGUAUUGGCACUUGAUGGAAGGGUUGGCGUCUGCUUCUGGCUCAGCCUCUUGCCCGCCGUGUAACUGUGACUGUGAUUCGCUGCCCCUUUUAUCCAUUCCCCAAGGACUGAAUAAUUCUUCGUUUGCAGAAUGUGCAAAGCAUGAUCCAGACGUGAGUGAGGACACACAAAAGAACUUCGCAGAGUUAUUGUCUGAGGAAUUAAAGCUGAGAGAAGCAGAAGCUUUGGAAAAUCAGCAGCGUGCGGACAUGGCACUGCUUGAGGCAAAGAAGAUGACAUCCCAGUACCAGAAAGAGGCAGACAAGUGCAACUCGGGAAUGGAGACAUGUGAAGAGGCCAGGGAAAAGUCUGAAGCAGCUUUGCUGGCACAGAAACAGCUGACGGCUAUGUGGGAGCAGAGGGCACGUCAAAGAGGUUGGAGAGAAGGAAAUGGCAGGUCGCAAUCCUAGUCGAACGUUAACACGCAGUCUAUUAGAAUACCAGCAAAUUUUUAUAUAUAGUUCUUCGAAUUGGUGGAUUGGAUCGAACGCAUCAGAGAAGCUCCGAGUAUCAGGUGUCAGCUGAAAGCGGGCAUCAGGUUUACGUGUAUCAUCAAACUGUCAAGAAGAUGUAACAUUUUACCCAUUGUUAUUACUAUUCUAGGAAGUUCCAUUUUGUGAAAGAAGUUGGCAUAUCCAUUUGGAAGAAUCUUGCAUAUAUAUAUAUAUAAAUACCUGUGGCUCUGAACUAGUUAUUUUAAGUGAAGCAGAUAUUCAUAUC